AUGUUGCCGGACGCGCGACCACGUGAAGGGAAGUUCGCGCCGUACAAACACGGAGUACGUCAUGAGAUCACGCGCCAAACUUCCGCCAACACGGAUAAAUAUAAAGUCUUCCCCUUCAUCCUAAAAAUCGCAGCCGCAGCCCUCUUCACUUUCCGCCUGCCAACGACAAGCUCUCUUUCCCAAGCCGCAGAACCCUUUGCAACCAGCAACAUGCGCUUCACUAUCUGUGCUUUGACCUUGUCUGCUCUCUCUGCCGUCUCUGCUAUCACUAUCACCAAGCCUGAUAGCAGUGGUUGGAAAAAUGGCACUGUAACUACGGAAUGGACCAGUGUAUCGGGCGACCCAUCAGUCUUCACCAUCCAGCUGCGCGACACAAACACUCCCUCAGUAAUCAACCCAAUGGCUAUUGCCAAUAAUGUCCAAACCGCAGCUGGAACCGCCUCCUUUGAGCUGCCUAUUGUACCACAAGUUCAAACCUAUGUAAUCGAGUUUGUAAACAUCUCAGACAUCAACCAGGUCUAUGCGUCGUCCACCACAUUCCCUGUAGUAGACGUUCCACAGUCUGCAUCCGCGUCUGUGACUGCGACUACUCCAUCUGCGACUAGCGCUACUUCGACCAUCACCACUUCGACCGUUUCCUCGAGCAGUUCGACCGCAGCCCCUGCAUCGACCAGCCCCGUAACCAACGGUGCACUUGGUUUGCAGGCCCCAGCUGUGAUUGCCGGACUCUUGGCUAUGCUGGCUUUUGGAAUCGCACCAGAACAUAGGGCCAACUACUGCUAUCGCGUCUUGGCUGGUGCAUUCACUUGCGCGCUGUUGGCUCGAGCCGUACUCAUUAGCUCAACGUGGGCACAAAGGACUCGAGACUGCCUGGGAAACGAAGACUUGCAGGCAAACACUUCGGACACUCUCUUUCUUGCGGCUCUGCUCUCCUUUGAAACUUCACUCUGCCAUCCACGCUGUCGGAGCGCUGUUUAUAAUUCACUGGAUCGGGCCAACUUGAACUCUUCUUCUUCUACGAUGAUAUCUACUUUAGUGAUUCUAUUACUUUCGUUCAUCUAUGUGCAGGCCUUGGUCAUUACUCAGCCGGACGCGACGGGGUGGCCUAGGAACUCUGGGUUUAUGACGGUGCGCUGGACUACGAGCCCAUCAGACCCACCUACAACACAUCUAGGUGUUCACGAUGCUACUGAGGGACGCGAGCGAAUUGUCUGUGGUCAAUCCUUUGGCACUGCGAACGUUCCCUCGUCCUCGGGAUCAUUCCAGCUCGACCUUCCCACCGUACCAAUAUCACAAACGUACCAAUUGUUAUUUGUAGACUCGACAAACCUCACCCGAAUAUUAACAACCUCACCUAUAUUCCCCAUCACCAAUUCCCCACUAACAACCUCGUCUUCUUCCGAAACUAUCACCCAAAAGACAGUCACCGUUACAUUAUCUGCACCACUAUCGACAUCUCCACCCGGUUCAUCAACGACCUCGGGAACACCAACUGCCAACAACACCCUAUCAACGCCCACGUCCAUAACUCGGUUUACCACGAGCACCUUGGGAACAACACCACCGGGAACUGUUACCGUGACAGUUACUCCCGAUCCGGGGUCGUCGUUUGUUCCUAUAAAUUCCGCAGAACGACCCGAGUGGACGUAUGGAUGGGUUGGGCUGUGCGCUGUGGUUGUGCUUUCUUUUUAUCUGGACGGAUUAUAG